AUGAACACCGCGCAACGAAUGAGCAAUGAGCGACGUGAUCGACUGAAAGCCCUUUCUGAUCGAAUCGUUCCACGGCACGUCGAUGGGUUAAUUCGAUGUCUUCGCUCGACAGGCACCCUCAACGCGAUAAGCGCCGAGACGUUGCUGAACAAGAACUCUUCGAAUCUGGCCGAUGAUCUCGUUCGGAUGGUUUCAACUCGCGGAAAUGCGGCUUUCGAUGCUUUCUUUUUGGCGUUAACAAAAUGUUGUCUCUUCGAUUUGGCCAACGAGUUGCGCCCGUUUGUCGCUGAGGAUGUGGUUGAAAGUUUGGAAAAUCGUUUUUCCGCUGAAAUCGGUGCAGUACAACGGGCAUCGGUGAUGCAUUUCCCCUUGAACGAGCGCUUUCUGCAGAGUGCAAAAAUUAGCGAUGAAGUACUCCCACUGGAUCACCCGCUCGACUUUUGCGUGGAUUUGAUCGACGGCGACGCGCCACUGAUUCCUCAAUGGGACACGUACCAAAAAGCGAAAGAUAAGAUCUAUCCAAAUUUCACGAAACCAAAAGGUUUGGCGUUAAUCAUCAACAAUCAUCGCUUCUCCUCGAUGCCACAUAGGACAGGCACUGAUGUGGACAUGUUGAACCUACAAAAUCUCUUCUCGCAACUCGGGUACAGUGUAAAAAUUGAGAGGGAUCUCACGAGUUUGGAGAUCACCAACGCAGUAGCCAACCUCGCCCAAAGUCGAUCGCUUUUGAACACCUCUUCGCUUAUUCUGACGAUUCUCACGCACGGUGAGCACAAUUGUGUGUUGGGAGUGGAUGAAAUGCCCGUUGAUAUAAAUCGAUUGCUCGGCUUACUGAAUGCGGAAAAUUGCCCAUCGAUGGCUGGCAAACCGAAGCUCAUUUUCGUUCAGGCGUGUCGAGGGGAGCGACGAGACCGGGGCACUGAAGAGCCGGAUUGUGCAAGCGGUGAAGCGACAAGUCACAAUCAAGCGGACAUGUUUCGAUUGUUUUCAUGCGUUCAGCAACAAGGCGUGCAAACAAGACGGAAACGAAUCCCGAGCGAGGCGGAUUUUCUGAUCGCUUACGCCACUCCACCAUUGCAUGUGAGCUGGAGGAAUACGACAAGAGGCUCCUGGUUUGUGCAAGCUCUGUGCGAAAUUUUUUCCCGUGACGCGAAAACAGAUGACAUCAGCACGAUGCUCACCGCCGUCUGUGAUAAGGUUUCCUCAAACGAGACAGGCGAUCGAUACAAGCAGUGCACUGAUACGAAUAAUCGUUUGCGAAAGAAAUUCUACUUUUUUCCCGGCUUAUCCAGGAAUACAGCUGUU